AUGAGGAGACUGUUGUUGCUGGGGGCCACGGCCUUCUAUCUCUGUGUGUUAGUCGCUGCUGACACACAACCCAACCAACAGGGAGACAAAUCUUUCCCUGAGAAGGAUGGAGUUUUACAGCUGAAGAAAGGACAUUUCAACAGAGCACUGAGAAAACACAAGCAACUCCUGGUGUACUUCCAUGUUCCUCUGUCUGGAGAAGGCUAUCGUGUAUCAGCAGCGUUCGAAGGUGCCGCUGCAGAGCUUCAGGGGUCAGAGGUCAAACUGGCAGUGGUUGAUGUGACAAAGGAGAAGGACCUGGCUAAAGAGCUCAAUGCCACAGGUCCCCCAGCAAUCAGACUGUACCUCUCUGGAGAUAAACACAACCCUGUUCCCUGCCCUGUGCCUCAGAGCUCGGCGUCCAUCUUGACAUGGCUCAAACGGAGGGCGGGGUCUGUUGCAGACCUCAUCACUGACCUUAGCCAAUCAGAAGCCUCAGAGGAGCUCACAGUGGUUGGAUUCUUUAAGGAGCUCAGCCACGAGCAUGUCCAGGUGUUCUAUGAUGCAGCCAUCAACCUUCCUGAUGUUCGCUUUGCUGUGACACAGAACAAUGAAGUUAUCAGCAAAUACAGAGUCACACAUGAUUCUGUGCUGCUGCUCAAAAAGUCUAAGCUCAUCCAGGCUUAUAAAAUGACGCCUAACACAUCUAAAGAGGAACUGAUCAUCUUUAUCACUGUCUACCAGAUGGACCCAGUCACUGAAUACACAGGAAAGACAGCCACUCAGAUCUUAACCUCACCUGUGUUACACCAUGCCCUUCUCUUUGUCAACAAAAGCUCUGCAGACUUUAAGGAAAUUUACUCUGCCUUUAACAGCACUGCAGAGGCAUUCAGGCUGAAGAUCUUGUUUACGCUGGUGGAUGUGGAUGAGCCUCGUAACGGCAGACUAAUGGAAUACUUCCGAGUGCGAGAAUUUGAGGCUCCUCUCAUCAGACUGGUUAACCUGACAGAUCAUGUGACCUAUCACCUGCCCUCUGACACUCUGGAUAAACAUACCAUAACACAGUUCUGCCAGUCCUACCUAGAGGGCAAGGCUAAGCCUAAGAUGCAGAGUGAGCCGAUACCUGAGGGAUGGGACAAAAAGCCAGUGAAGGAGCUGGUGGGAGUGACCCUGGAGAAAGUUGCCUUUAACCCCAGCAAGACUGUUUUCGUCCUGUUCUAUCUGCCCUACAGUCAGGAGUCCCGCGCUCUGUUCCCUUUGUGGGAAGAGUUAGCUGAGGCCUUAAAGGAGCGAGAGGACGUGGUCAUCGCUCGCAUGGAUGCCUCAGCCAAUGACAUCAACAUGUCGAUGCACGGACCGUACCCAUCACUCUGCCUGUUUCCUGCUGUGUAUGCUGAAAGGAUGCUGGUUUACACUGGAAAAAGGAAGUUGAAGUACCUGGUUAAAUUUUUAGAUAAAGAGAUGGAAAAAGCCAAAAAAGACAGAGUUAAGGAGGAUGAAGACAGGAGGAAAUAUAUUGAGGCCAUAAAAGCUGAAGAGGCAAAAAAGGACAACAAAACCAAAGAUGAGCUUUAAUACAAAAACACAGUGUAUGUGUUUGUGUGUCUUACUUUUGAGUCAGUACUAUCUAAACACCAAUCUAGUUUUAU